AUGGUGUCAGGACUCUGUGUUGUUAUGGUGUCUGUACACAAAGUAAAUAAUUCUUUAAUAAAAGCUUUACCAAUUUGCAAAGAUAAAAAUCCCACAUGGCAAGGAGACAAAGAUAGGUUUAUUGCACCAGACAACUAUGGAAAUAGGUCAGAUACAUGUUUUCUGGAAAUUCUUGAUGGCUGUCACAGUGUGACAGCUGCAGAAACAGUUGCAGCAGAGCUUCCACUUUUAUUUCUUGAUCAGCUUUCUCAAAUAGGUUCCUCCUACAAAAAUAAGAAGGACAAAGUGCAAAUUGUAGGUUUUUUUUCCACAGUAAUUAAGGCAGAUUACAAGGAAAAAGAGAAGAUAUUCUCUGACAAGCCAGGCAAUGAGGAGACCAAGAUGAUGACCAGUCCUUACAAAUGGAUUCACAAAGUGUAUGCCAAGCCCUUUAGGAGAAUGCAGAGACUUUUACAACUGGGAAGAAAUCAGGUUUCCAAAGCUCACUGGAGUGGCUGUUCAGUGGUUACCUGUUUGGUGGAAAGCAUUCCCAGCAAAGAGACAGAUGGCACUGAGGUAGAAGAAAGAAAACAUUGUGAAAAACACAGUCCAUUAGGCAGAAGGGCCAAAGGUGUUGCUGGACCACUGUACUUUGCUAUUUAUAGGUAUCAUACCACAGAAAAAGAUUUGCACAACAUCGACCCCAAGAGAGUCCAAUCCAAAAAUGGAAGGAGUCACUGCCUCUCAAAAGAGCACAGCACUCAUGAGAGAACACUUCAGAACGGUGGAAACACCAGCACUAAUACACCAGAUGGAUUAGUAGAGGGAUACCUGAGAACUACAAGGGUUCCUGGACAUCACAGAGAUGCAACAAAAAGAACAUCUGUUAUACCUGUAACUCAUAUUAUAUCUGUACAGCAGUUUCUUAUUUUGGCUUCUAAAGGGUUUUGGGAGGUUUUGUAUUACAAUGAAGUACUGGCACCACCUCUAACAACAUCCACUCCUUAUUUGAGAACGCAUGAAUGGUGUUCGAUGAAACAGGACUUCUCCGUGUGUCAGUAUUCAAUGUCCCUCACUGAAGACAACCUAAAUGACUCAAAUGCUAUUAAUAAUCUGCAAGAUGGAAUACAGAUAUUGUAUUCCAAUAAAGAUAUUUUCCACAGUAACUCAAAAGGCAAUCUGAAACAAAAUAAAUGAAAAUGUUCUAGGAGGAACUACACACAAAGAUGGAGUCCAACUCGCAGCCAUAAACAUCUGCCAGAGAAUGCAGUGGCAAGAGGUGAUGCUGGUCAAGACCUGCUGAAGUCUGUAUAACCAGUGGGUUCUAAACCAACCCAGUUUGAAAAAGAUACAAAAAUGCACCCAUCCAAUUGCAAAUCAUCAGCUGCAGGAAGAGGCAUAGACAGCUCUGAGACCUACAACAAUGCAAUAAGCUACGUUAGGGAAAAACUGGCAAAAACUGCAUUAGCUUCAGGUUCAAGAGAUAAUAUUACUGUUUUGAUUGUAUUUCUAUAUGGAUGUGAUAAGAUACCCAAUUACCUCAACAUUUAAAAAUAGCUGAAGUGCCAGAGUAUAUAUAAGACAGGCUUAUAUUUAGCUGUGUCAUGAAUUUACUUGUAAUCAUCUUAAAU